UGUUUUAGACGAAAGCCACAAGGUUGUUUUGUUCAUCGAGAUUUGUCCCGAGCUUUUUUCAGUUUUUCCAGUGAGUCAUUCAUAUUUCUAGAAUUUUUCAAUCAAAAUAUGAGUUGUAACAUUAACUAAGUGUUAUCUAUCCAAAACACAGAAUAGUAUGUGACUAUUUUCUAAUAACUUUUGAUAGAAAAGAGAUAGAGAGCUCUGGUUCUCACCAUUCGAAGAAGACACAUAAGUACAUGUUUUAAUAACCAAAAGUUUUUCAGAAGAGUUUUCCUAAAACAGAUUUUCGAGGAGUUCUCUGGAAAACCAGACCAUGUGUAGAAAUCUUCCAAUGUGAUUGCCUUGAUCUUUUUCAUGGGCUGAUAGCGUGAGGUGUCCUCUUCAAAACAGGAGACAAACGAGUUCUUGAUUUUCGACAGUUCGGACGCUGUAUCGGAUUUCCUAGGAGUCCCAGGAUCGGCACCCGGUGCCUAUUGGUAGCCUUGAAGACGGAUGAACUAUGGGAAAUCGACCAUGCUGAAAGAGUAUGAUUAAUGUUGUCCGAUAAAUGUGAUUAUAAAAUCAAAAAAAUCAAAAAAGCGUAUUUUUUUAAUACGGUUUUCUUAAAAUAUUCACUUUUCCGAAAGUAAUUCACAAAAUCCUGAAGUUUUCUGAAAGGAUUUCUAGAAAACCGUAUUAAGAAAAAUAUGCUUUUUUGAUUUUUUGGAUCUUAUAAUCACAUUUAUCGGAUAAUAUUAGUCGUAUCCUGAGAUUUUGAACUUGUUCUGAUGUUUUUUGGGUGAAUAAUGAGUUUCUUAAGAUUAGGUGAGAACAAUCUGAAAAUCCCAAUUUUCGGUGGGUUUUUAAAAUUUUUCUAAAAGCAAAUAUUGCCACGAGACUUAGCAUGGUCCAUUUCCCAUACUUUAUCUGUCUCAAGGCUACCAAUAGUCACCGGGUGCCGAUCCUGGGACUCCCGGGAAAUCCGAUACAGCGCCUGAUAAUAAGUCUCUUCUUUUCAAGGGGGAAAACCAGAGCUAUCUAUCUCUUUUCUAUCAAAAGUUAUUAAAAAAACAGUCAUAUACCGUUCUUUUUUUGGAUGGGCAACAAAUAAAUGAAGAUCUCAUUUUUGAGAUGUAUAAAAGAGCAAGUCGUCAGCUGCACGCAAGAAGGUUUUUCGAAUAUUGACCUUUCGAAUCUUUUACAAUGCACUUUUCAAAAUUUAGUGAUAAAAUCUUCAAAAGAUAAAAGCUUUCAUUUUUGAUUUGAAUAAAACUUAGCUCAUGUGUUCAUCGAUUUUAAAGACCUAAGAAAUUUGAUCUUGUGUGGAAAAUGUAAAAGCACGCGUUUCUUAAUGAAAAAAUGCAUGAUUCUUUUCUAGUGAGUGAGGCGUUAUACAAUUAUUGCAAGAUGUUUUAAAUGGUAUUUAACAAAUUCCAGCAAUUCUCAGCGAGAUGGAUGAGUAUACAAUGUCUAAUAAUAAUUGCAAGUUUUACCAUCGGCUAUUAUUCUCGUAUUUUUCCAAGCUUGAAUGUAUCUUUCCAGUUAAAUGCUCCAUAUAUCAAUGGAGCGGAUUUGUUAUUUAAGUUGUUUACGUACGAUAUUAGCAGUAAAAACGACAGUUUUUUUGUAUGGCCUACAAGACAAUUUAAUUAUAGUAGACCUCGAAUCUGUAUUGUUCAUGCUGAUACAAGAGAUUUGGAUAGUAUUUAUCAAGCUAACAAUACAGAGCUCGAUCCAACCAAACUCUCUUUUCAUUCAUUUAAUUCGUACUACACGCAAUUCUAUGCAUUGAUCCAUCGUUAUGACUUUAAAAGAAUCAAAGUGUCUACAAUACCCGAUCGACAUUUGACGUGGACAAGGUUAAAGGGUGUUUACGAUACAUUAUUGAAAUAUGAUAUUAUUUUGCAUCUUGAUGGUGAUGCUUUUUUAUCUGAUCUGUCUGUAAGUCUUGAAUCGUUAAUGAAGCAUUGGAACUUUACUCAUGAUGCUCAUUUCUUACAGACUAUCGCUGUUGGAAAUAGAAAUCAGACAAAUUGUGGAUUUUGGAUAAUUCGAAAUUCUCCAUUGAGCCGGCAAAAGCUUUUAGAUUUAAUUGAAUGUCCUGAAAAAAUAGAAGGAUGUCAUCAUUGGCGAUACAACUUCGCUCAUGAGCAAGCGGCAUGGACAAACUAUAUUCGACAUACAAUGAAACAAGGAAAAGAAUUUAUUGUGGUCGAUAUUGAAGAAGCCAAUGGUUGGCCUCCAUGGGGUGGUAAACAUGUUAUAUAUGGUUGGGGUAAAAAAGAAGAAACGGUAACAUGGAUGAUUCAAUCAAUUGCGAGACAAAUAGUGAUUCUAAUGCAUCAAUUUACGAAUGGGCAUCAUUAUGUUUCAUGCAGUUCAUGGGAAAAAAGUAAAACGUUGUGCGAUUAA